AUGUCCGAUUUACUUGAUGAUGUUCCAGCAUCGUUCGAGGAAAUGAGUGUUCCUCUUAAUGAGGAACCUAAUUCUGUGGAAGAAGGACACAAUAAUCAGCAUAAAGUCUUGCCAAGUGCAUUUUUAAACGCAAACGAAGUCGUUCCCGAUACAAUUUUAUACAAAGUUCCAGAAGCUAGACCUAAAAUCAAAGACAUCAGGCGUCAUUCAAUUAUGGAAGAAAAUCCUGGAUCUUUAGCGCAAUUUGAAGUUACUAAGCCUGAACCGAAAAAGAAAUUUAGAUUCAAAUCAAUAUCUUUCGGAACAAUGCUUGGUGUUUAUGUUCCAACUGUCUUAAACUUAGUCUGCAUUAAUUAUAAUGUUGAUGUUGCUAAAACAAUCGAAAAAUUCGGUCUCGGAUAUGGUCUCUUAUUAUUUUUAGUCUAUGUUAUUAUCGCCUAUGGAACUCUUUCCAGCAUUUCGGCCCUUGCUACAAAUGGCGAGAUGCAGAAAGGAGGUCUGUACUAUUUGAUCUGA